CUGCUGGAGAGAAGCAAGCAAGUCUAUACAAAACAUAAGAGUUCAUCAAGCGAUCUGUUCACAAAAGUUUCACAAGAAAGUAAACAAGAAGACUAAGGAAAGAAAAACAAAUGGAAUGCAUUAUUUCCAUUGCAGAAGAGGUUGAUGAAAUUGUCCGAGCGCUAUGUUGCUUCUUGUGCUGCCAAGGCAUAAGCAUGGCUACACAGCGACCAUCGUAUACUUCAGGUACUUCCCCAAACUCUUCGAAAGAUAUUGAUGACCCAGAGGAACAAGAAGAAAAUUUAUGUCCAAAUCCACAUUCAAAAAUUAUCUCGGAGGUUUACUCUUCAGAUAUUGAUAUCAUGGAGCAACUACAAGAAAUAAAUAACAAGAAUGUCAUGGGGCAACUACAAGGAAUAAAUAAUGAAGAUUACCUAGAUAUUGAUGUCAUGGAGCAACUACAAAAAAUAAAUAGUAAGCAUGUUGUGGAACAAUUACAAGGAAUAAAUAAUGAGGAUUACCCAGAUAUUGAUGUCAUGGAGCAACUACAAGAAAUAAAUAAUAAGGAUGUCGUGGAGCAACUACUAAGAUUAAAUGGUAUGAUUUAUUUAUUUACAAAUGAGUUCAUUUUGUUUUAAAGUUGCCUUAGUAAUUUUUGACAUUACAUUGUGAAAUUCGAACAAGCAUGGAUAGUAAUAUUUCGAAGCUAACAAAUACAUUACAUUCAAAGGUCAAUUACAUACAUCUAUAAUUGAU